AUGGGCCCAACACAGCAGAAGCCGAGGGAGCAGAAAGACGCAGGCGCAGGUGCAGGUGCAGUGCAGGUGAUGCGGGUGGUGCAGCAGGAGAGCGACUUUAUAUUUGGAACUCCCGGUGGUAGUCAGUGGAAUGGGACAAAGGCAAGGGCAAGUGAGCGCUUAUCUCGCCUCUUUUGGCUGCAUUCAGAAGGCAGGCAAGCCAGUGCAGCUUCUUCACGAACCGAAGGUGAGCCUGGUCAACAACUCAUCUCAGUGCAGGAUAUUGUAGUUCGUUCAGGAGUAGAGAGCCUAUACGCGCAAUCCAAUUCGAGAUGGAUCCGCCCAAUAUCCAGCCAGGCUGUUCCGACCAACACCCGGGAUCGAUCUCUGAUAGUCAGUCACUCAGUCAAUCAGUCAAUCAGCCAGUCAUGCCAUCACCAAGCUACGUCGGAAUUGACUACACAAGGUUACGGUAUCCAGUCGGCAAAAGACUUAUCGCAUUUGAGGAUCGUCGGUCUACAAGCUUUGGUGCAACUGGAAUCAUCCUCGCCUCGCCUUUCGCUUUCGGUUAUCUCACGGCUCGCUUGUUCGUUCAACAACUCUAUCCUGCAAAUCGAACUUGGGGGGGGGGAAUCGAUUGCCCACAUCGAUUGUCCAUUCGCUUUCCUUUCCCUUCCCUCCCCACAAGCCGUAGCAAGCCACUCCGCUCCGACGGUUACCAUUGGACUACCGUCUACUAUCACCACGUCGUCCUCCUCGUCGGUCACAGUCACAGCAGCGCCGCGAUGCAUCACUCAGGGGCUGGGCGGGAUCGAUCCCGAGGCCCGCGACCUGCCUGGUGCUCAGCUCACCAGGCCAAUUUACUGCCGCUCGCUCGCUCGCUCGUCUGAAAGAGGAAGAAAGAAACAAGGUAGUCAAGUAGCAAGGAAGAAGAAGGAGGACAAGGAAGAAGAAACAAGGAAGACAAGGAGGAAGAAGAAGAAGAAGAAGAAACAAGGAAGAAAAAACAAGGAAGACAAGGAGGAAGAAGAAGAAGAAGAAGAAGAAGAAGGACAAGGAAGAAAGAAGAAGAAAAGAAGAAAAGAAGAAGUUUAA